ACUCCACCUCGUGAUUAUUGGUCCAUAGAGGCAUACUCGUGGUUUUAAGUUUGGUUUAUUCAUCGGGAUCCAAAUAGCAGAGCGGAUUUUGUGAUGCAUCAAGUUCAUACGUUACACAUAAUGGGUUUGGUUCGUUUUGAUUUUAUGCAUUGACUUUGAUGAGGUGGUUAAUCUAUAUAUCUUUUGAUUGCUCGAUAAUUCAAGCUAUCUAGAGAGAAACAAAUACAAUAUUAACUCAUUUUUUUUUUGUUUUAAAAAAUGAUCAAGAUGUGACCUUAUAUUUGGGUGUUAUCGCAAAAAGCGAAAAUGCCAAAUAAUGCCACAACUAAAUAACAUAAUGGGUUGGUUCUUUGGCUUUUGUUUGAGAUAGAUUCAGUUAAAUUUUAGUUGGAUCAAUAAGUUUAUGUGCAUACUUGGAAUUACCCAAAUAUAAGGCAUGCAUGUAUCGUCAACAAAGGAGUCUUUAUAAAAAAUGUAAUAGUCCUUUUAUACGUGUGAAGGCAAUUCCUUUACCCCCAACAUAUGAGGAAGAAUUGGCUCAAACUCAUCAUAAUUCACUCAACAACCAACCAUAUUCCACAAUACUAAGUCUAGGACUCGUUUUUAGAACUCGCUUUUAGAAGUGUCUUUUUCUUCUUCAGACGUUGAAAUCAGGUCAAGCACUUCUAUAAGUUUGACUUUCGUUUUAUAACAUAAAAGCAUAAGUUGUGAUUGCAAAAUUCUGUAAAAAGCAAUUUGUAAAUACAAGAUUAUCCUUACUAUUUUUUAAAUUUUCAGAAAACAUGCAUUUAUUUAAUUUAUAUAAUUUUAAAAUUAAACAUUGUAGAUUGUUUAAUUCACAUGUUAUAUUAAAAAUAUUUUUUUGUGGCAUCUAUGACAUGUAAAACCUGCUAUUAAAAUAGAUAUAAGUGAUUUGAUUCUGUAAAUUGGAGGUUUCUCUUUACGGUGAUGACUGCAAUUGGUUUUCCUUUGGGCUUUCUCAAGUUGAUUCAGCCAUAUGUUACAACUCCUUUGAUUAAAGUGGCUAUUAAUGGGGUAUGUGUGGAAAUAUUACUGCGUAUAAGGGACUCAGGCGUGGGGAUCCUUUAUCCCCUACUUUCUUACAAUUUCCAUUGAGAUCUUGGAUUGUUUGGUAAAGAAGGCAGUGGUAGAGAGCCAAAUCCCAUUUCAUCCUAGGUGUAAGCCUUUCAUGAUUACUCACCUAUGAUUUGCAGACGAUCUCUUAAUGUUUAAUAAUUAUUCUAUAAGAGGUGUUGCGUGAAUUAGAAGGCUAAUGGAUCAGUUUUAUUCCCUUUAAGGUUUGAGAUGUAAUCCUACCAAAUGUAAGUUAUUCUGUGUAGGCAUCCCUAGUGAUGAGAAGCUGGCCAAAUCAAACUACUCAGAUUUUCCAUUAGGUACUUUGCCAGUGAAGUAUCUCGGUGUCCCAUUUAUUACAAGAAAACUUACUCGGAAAGACGACUAACUGCUGGUUGAUAGAAUGGUUGAUAGAAUAACACAAAAACUGAGGAGUUGGAGAUUCAAAUUACUUAGUUACGUUGGGAAAAUUCAACUCGUUUCCACAGUCAUCCCUAGCACUCUGCAAUAUUGGCUUAAUCUGUUUUUGCUGCUUCAGUUUGUCAUUAAAGAAGUUGAGAAACUAUAUAAUGAGUUUCUAUGGUAACCAUUGAGGUAACAUAUCCAAUACCCUUACAAGUAUAUGGUAACGACUGAGGUUAUUCUGGAGUAUAUCAUACUUCAAGUGAUCUUACCAUUGGAUAUACUUUGUUGUACUUGAGCGAAUCAUAAUCUUCCGAUGUUUUUUUUUAUAUUAACUUUAUCUUCAGGUUUGAGUUUUGGGAACUGGGCAUGAGAUUUACCCAUCAAAAGUUAGGAUGUGGUAUCAUACAUCAAACUAUUUUCAUACAUGGUCUAGAUAAAUAUAUUGCAUUGGAAGUAUUUGAAGUACCCUAUACUCAAUAAGCAUAUCAGUUUGACUUGUAUUUAUAAUGUAUAAUAUACGCAUACGUUCAGAUCUAUUAGAUGUACUUCGAUAUACUUUGACACGAUGAGUUUAUAGGUUAGAGUAUAAUAUCAUAUCUCAAACUCCGUUGAAUUCAUAGUUAAAACACGAUGAGUUUAACGUGCGCCGAACUUUCGCUAGUCUUAACCACAUAUAUGAUUUAUAAUUUAUGACUAGGACACGUCUAUAAAAUUCAUGUGUCCCCUACUAACAUAGCAUAACAAUGAGUUGGUAAAAUCAUCCCAAAUGCUACUUUUCCAAACUAUGGUAGAGUUUUUUUGACUUUGUCUAAAUCCAAUUACCAAACCCCAUAAGUUUCAACGGAAAAGAACAACCAUCCAUCCCUCCCUAGCUCCCAACAAAAACCUGAGCAAUGAGAAACAACAAGGAGACAGAAGUUAGAAUAAUGAAAACAUUAAUUAGCUACCCACCUGAAAUUUAGGUCAAUAUUAUUAUUAAUUAAUAAUAUAAUUAUACACCAAGUAAAUAAGUAGAAUUUAUUUAUUUUUUAAUGAGGGGAGCGACGGGAAUCCGGAUGCUUUCACUUCUCCUAAUUGCAUACAAUUAACCCUAACGACAAAAAUUAACUCAAGUUUAGCUUUGUAAUAAUCGCUGCCUGCUUCUUGAUUGCCUUUUAUUAUAUUGCUGAUCGAUGCGAUCGAAAACAUCACCAACAAUGUACAGACAGAAAACAUCACCAAUUCCUCUUCUUAAUUAAUUAAUUGAUUAUCAUUUUUUUCAACAAUUAUUUUUUUAAUUUCCUUUAAUUAAUAUGCCCUAGGUGGAGUAGGAUGAAAACGGGGCAAGCUCAAAGGAUACUUUGUUUUUUCAGAUUACUACACUUACUAGAGGACAUAAACUAGAACUACCUAUGGAUGAAACCAACAUAAAAGACGUCCAAACACACCCCAACCACUUUCUUUCUUAAUUAAUUAUUAUCUCUAAUGUCAUUUUUUCUUCUUCUUCAUAUGGCUAAUAUAAUGUAUGUCAUAGUUUAGUUUAUUUCCACAUAUCCACUGCCCAUUACCCUCCAAAAUUUGUUCACAUCAAAUUUUAAAAUUUGAUCUGUGGUGGCCCAAAAAUGAAAGUGAUGUUUUCAUCAGAGAAAACGACCUGAUAUUCGCGGUUUCUUAACGUUUUAUAUAUUUCACGCGAAUUUGGACGUGUUUUGAUUGAGAAAGAAUAUGAAAUAUGUAAUUUAGGUAUUUGAUAUUCUAAUAAUGUUUUAUUAGAAUUAUCUGGUGUGGUGUUCAAAUAAUGCGACCUUCCGUAACUUUGAUCUCCUCUAUAGUUUACUUAUUUUUCUGCAAGUCGUAUGGCAGGCUGGCUAGCUAGACUAGUUCUAAUCAUGCUCCUGGCUAAUUGAAGGGAUCUAAUUGAUUUAUUAUGAAUGAAAGACUCGUUGAUAUCUCGAAUUAGUGGCGGAGUUACUUACGUGCAAGCAUAUAUUGAUGAAACACUCAAAAUUCAUGUGUUAUAUUUUUGUGUGUUUCUUAUUCCUAGUCUCAACCCACACUCCUUAAGAGACGCAUCUGUGCUAUAAUUCAUCUACCAAUUAAGCUUUGCUCCGAAUUAUAAUUUAGAAUGGAAAUCACACCGUCCGGAGCUUCCACAGCAGAUUGCAAACAAACCGAAUGCAAAAUCAAAAUAGCAAUGGCAUGAAAAUAAAAAAACAACUUCCACGCAGUACUAAAGACUUUGGUUUUGGGCAUAUUGUGAAUCGGACAAAGCAAAGAUCUAUGGUAGCCGAUGGAUUUAAGGCUUCAUAAACAGCUAAUCUUUGAUUUUUUUUGGUUCCCUCAUUAAUUUUCUUUUAACCAACAAUAAUCAACUACAAUAAUGUGUAUCUCAAUGAUAAAACUAUUGCAAAGUGGUUUCUGUCAAAAACCAGUUGCUCCCAAUAAGUCGAGUUGUUGGGAGAUGUUCAAUAAUGAAAUUUAUACCGUUAUACACAUACUAACAGUACCGAGGUAUCAUUGAGGACAAGUAACAUAUAUGGCUAAUAGCCCAGAGUUUGGGGGCGUUAUUGUUGCCUAGUUUUAUGGUUUCUUUGUGGGAGCAGAUCCAGUAACCUUGUGGUGCAAUAACCCAUGCAUAACCCAAUAAGAAUCCGCCAAAUCAGCGCCUCCUUCUCUCUCUCAUCGAAAAAGUUUUAAUUUUCCUUUCCUUAAUCUUUAAAGGAUGAUUUCUCAAUCGUUUUAAGUCGGAAUUUAAAUUUUUUUGCACAGUUAGAUUAGAUUAAUUGUGCUCUUCAAAAUGAUAUCCACUUUGAUAUUUUUUGGAACAAAAAAAAUUGCCAGUUACUACCAGUCUAUACUAUAUGGUAUUGACUGUAUCAUAUUGUAUUGACCGGUAUUAAAUAAGAGCAUACCAUAUAGUAUGAAAAAUACCACCCCAUACCAGGGUGAUAUAGUAUGGUAUGGAGUUGGCAACGAGAGGUAUGGAGUUUUUUCAUCCAUAAUUUUUUUCAUCCAAUAGAUCAUGAUUAAAUCGUUCAUUCUGUGCAAAAAUUUCCGAAAAUGACUAAAAAAACGAAGUAGAUACCAUAUGGUAUGGAGUUGAUAACGAGAGGUAUGAAAAAAAAAUCUAAAAAAAUAUUGAAAAUGGAUAUAAUUUUGUAGAGCACAACAAACUCGUUCCAUCUGUGCAAAAAAAAAAUUGAAAUUCUAGUUAGAAUGAAAAAGAUAUGAUCCAAUCAAUAAAAUUAGGGAAAAUAAAUUCAUUUAAUUCUUCACCUCUAGACCAGCAGCCACUUAAGAGAAAAAUCCAUAUUUGGUUACUCAUAAUUAUGCACCCUAAGGUUAUAUAUGCAUCAUAUCUUCAAUCUUGAGCCUUCCUUUGGAAGUACCAAGGAAAAACAUUGAUUUCUAUUUUCCUCAAUGUGGAUCAUAGUUUGGUCUCAAUCAAUUUUGUCGGAAUCUAACCCGUUUAAAGAGUGGUUUACAUUUUAGUGGUUUAACCAAUGUUAGGUUAUUAAAAAUUGUUAAUGAAACAGUGUCUUAUAAACAAUAAUGAUAUAAUUUAAUUCACUGGCUGCCUCACUUCCUAUUAUGGCGACUUAUUCAAGAGAAAGACUGGAGAAGUGAGUUGGAGGGUUAUUGAAGCAGUUGAGAAAAAGGUGACAAAUGAAAUGAAUCAAAGUCUUCUCAAGCCAUUCACAGCUGAAGAGAUCCAAAAGGCCCUGUUCCAACUUGGUGCGACCAAAGCCCCUGGAGAUGAUGGCUUCCCUGCUCUGUUCUUCCUAAAGAACUGGAACACCCUUGCCCCCCGUAUUACUGCGGAAUUGACAAGCUUCCUACACAAUGGUAAAAUUCCAGAAAGUCUCAAUAAGACUCUUAUUGCUUUGGUCCCUAAGGUCAAGAACCCUAUAUCCCCUAAAGAUUAUAGGCCGAUCAGCCUUUGCACUGUUCUUUAUAAAAUACUGUAAAAAAUGCUUGCUAAUCGCCUUGAAGGAAUUCUAGAUGACCUUAUUUGGGAAUCACAGAGUGCUUUUGUUCCGGGAAGAUCAAUUGUUGACAACUUGAUAGCUGCUUUCGAGUGUUUCUUUACGAUGAAGAAGAAAACUAAAUGUGAAAAGGGUUUUCUGGCUCACUUCCAAGCUAAAGUACAUCAUGGCUAAACAAGUGCAAAUGCGAGAGCGGGUGGAAUUUUCAAAUAGUUCAGAGUAGUGGGAUAAGAGGAGUACAAAAUGUUCACAAUAAUUUCUGUCCUAGAGCGCAUAAAGGAGUGGAAUGCUUUUAGCUGGGUCUCAUACCUUAUGGUUAAAUCAACUAUUGAUAUUGGUGUCAUGAAAAAAUAUAUAAAUGAGUAUCUUUCAGUCAAAUCACGCUAUGACAUCAUAUUAAGAACUAGUUUGGUCUCAAUAACUUGAGUUGUUGCGAGAAAGUAAAAUAAAAAAUUUAUAUCUUUUCCUUAUAUAUUGUAUUUUGCAAUCAAUAUUGAUGAGAGGAUGGAUACUAAUCAUAAUACUUUUCACAAUAAUGGCUCAAAUAGUAUUCACUUGUGUUUAGGAUUGUUGCAAUCUAUACAUCUCGAAGCAAUGGUUGAAUGGAUUGCCCUUCUAAAAUUUGAUAUCUUUUGAUAUUAAUAGCUAAUUAAAGAGAUUAUGGUCGAUUAAGAGUUAUCUGUCUUAGAGAAGGCAUACAGAGAGUUUGAGAUACGGGAAUGGAUGGAUGUGUAAGGGACCUACAUGUUUCUUAUUUUAUGGUGGUGGAGGAUACUUUGUCCAACUUCUUGGUAGUCUAGACGAGGCAACCAUGGUGGUAUCUAUGUCACCAUCAUUUCCUUCUCUUGAAAUGUACUUUCCUUCAAAUGUGCAUGAUCAUCAAUAAAAGGAGACAAAUCAUAGUGUUGAGGGUAGAGUUGGCAUCAUGCUCACCAGGGAGGUUGAUCUUCUCGGCAUUGUUAUUGAUCGUGGAAAUAACAUGGAAUGGUUCAUCACCCCUAGAAGCAAUUUAGAAUGCAUUUGUAUAUGAAAAUUUUCUUUCCUCGUGUCCACAUCCAAUCAAUAGGUUCGAAUCAUUAAGGGCAAUAGUGCUAGUUCACAUUCUUCAUGAUUUUCUCAGUCUGUCACUCGAUAUUCAAUAAAACCUUCUCAUGCAAGGUGAUGUGCAUGUAGUAGUGAUAUUAAUGCAAUCAAAGUUAUAAAAUAUUCUAAAUAUGUCUAGGGUCAUAUUCUACAAGGCUUUCUAGUAAUAACUACUCACAACCAAUCAUCUUAUGCUCAAAUAAAGACACACCAUAAAUUGAUGGGUUUAGGUUCCCCAUGUUUAGUGGUUUUCGUGACUCAUCAUAAUGUCAAGCAUAAAAUAAACGACAAGAUAAGUAAAGGGUACGGAAUUGAUAAUAAAGUUCAUUGUAGAUGAUUAUACAUCUCAAUCUCAACAAUGAUAAGCAUCGAUGCAUCUUCUAUCAUGUAAUCAUAUCCCUUCCACAAAGGACGUUCUAAUUGAGCUUUCGGCACAUGAAAAAGGAAUUAUGACUAGCUAAUGGAUAUUGAAGCAGUGGGAUUCUCUUUCCCCUUUAUUUUAACCAAAGCUCAGGAAAUCGGACACAUUAUGGGGUCCUUCAUGGAUGAUGCAAGAGGAUUGGACAAGGUGAAUCACCUUUUUUUUUUUAUGUAUAUGACAUAAUUAUCUUUUGCGAUGCUAUUGAGGAAGCGAGUUUCAACUUGGCAGCAACACUCAUCUGAUUCAAAAGCAUUUUUUGAUCGAAAAUUAACUUUUCAAAGAGUAUGAUAUUCCAUUUGGGAGAUGUGAAUAAUAUUGAUAGACGGGCUGAAAUCCUGGGCUGUGGCGGGAAUUUCUCGUCCAAUGAUUAUCUUGGACUCCCUCUCAGUGCCUCUCCUUCCUCUCCCUCGAUUUGGAGUUGUCAUUUUAAGGUGCAUAGUCGUUUACACGUUCGAAAGGGGAAAUUCAUUUCACUUAAAGGAAGGAUUACCUUGUGUAACUCAAUCUUGGCUAUUCAACCUUUAUAUAUGUUCAAUAUCUUCAACCCACAUUUUUCUGUCAUCGAGACAUUAAAUAAUCUCUAACAUGAUUUUAUUUGGUCAGGACCGCAUGGUGAGAGGAAUAUUCAUCUUGUUUCUUUGGAUAGAUAUAAAGCCCCCAAGAGGGCUGGCAGAUUGGGGGUUGCAGACUUAAAAUCCAGGAAUCUUGCCCUUCUUUGCAAGUGGUUCUAGUGGUUUUCACGUGAAAGGAGUUCUUGGUGGUGGGAACUUAUUGUUCUUAAGCUUCAGAACGCCGCCUCGGAUUGAAUGCCUAGGACUUGUUGCGGUCCAGUUGGUCUCGUCCCCAAGAUGUCGAUUAUGAAUCUGAACAAGUUGUUUCGGAAAUUUGCUUUGACAUGAUAUUUAGAUUCAUGGUAGGCUUGUCGAGGAAUUUCUGAGGGUUGCUGCCGCUGUGGAAUCGCUGAAUUCCCAUAUUGCUAAGACUGUUGGUGUUUCUGAGGGUCGAGUUUCCUGAGUUUUACCACUUAAAUUUACCUUGAGAGGUGGGGCUGAAAGGGAGAGGCUUAGUCUUUUGAGUGUCCUUAACAUUAUGUCUCGUGAAAGUUUCUAUGCAGGACCUUCUCAGCUUUUUUGGAUCCUUCUCUGAAUGCCACAUUCUCGGCCACCUCCAUUUAUGGUGACUCGUCAGCAAUCAUUUCCCUGUAGUGUUGGAUGUUCCAAUCAGAGUCAUCUGGCACGCGUAAGUUCCUUUCAAAAUUUGUGUUUUUGUGGAUUAUUCACUAGAGGAAGAUCUUAACGCAUGAUGAUCUUAAGCGGAGGGGUUAGUCCUUUCAUAGUCAGUGUGUUCUCUGUGGUGUGAAUGAAGAGUACCAUAAUCACACAUUCCUCUUCUAUAGUUUCUCUAUGGCAGUUUGGAAGACGAUGACCAUUUUGGUGGAUCUAAGAGCCGCGCAGUUAGACAUCAUGACGACAAUUAACAUUUUGCCACGUAAUCAUCCUGUUAAUCCCAAGAAGUGGUGUGUGGAGGUUUUUUGGCUGGCGCAUUUGGUUAGAAUGGAAUUCCAAGAUUUUCAGUGAGAAUUUUUUGUCAAUCCAGGUCGUAUGCUUACGGAUUGGACGUAACUUCGCAUAGGGGCUAGAUGCAGCAAAUAAAGUCGAGAGAUGAGUGGUUGACCUAUAGAUGCACACCAUCCAGCUUCGUCUCUUUCCUAAGCCUGUUCAGCCCCCUACUCUCCCUCCUUUACAGAUUUGAUCGGUUGUUUAUUUUUUCUUCUGUCCCUUUUACGUUUGUGUGUGGGAUGGAGUUUCGUUGUUCUGCUUGCACUCUUCUGGUGACUUUUUUUUGUUUGUGUUUGUUUGGUCUUUUCCUUUUAUUUCCCCGUUUAUUCUGCUUUUUCUUCCUCAAUUAAUAUUAUUUCAGCUUUAUAAAAUAAGUGUGCUUUCGUUUCAUGCCAUUACACAAAUAAUCAAACAAGGAAGGGUGGAUCAUUCCAUAUCAUACACGCAUAAGAUUAUGACAUAUCGCAUAAGAGUAUUUUUCUGACAACUUAAUAUGAUAUUAUAAACAAUAUUAUAGUAGCACCCCUAGAUGGAACCCCGUACCUGAAAAGAAAGUUGAAUACUCAGUUGCUCAAUCCUUGCUGAUAUACUUUCUGAAAGGUAUUCGAAUAAUAUUAACAGCACAUGACUAAGACAUCUAAUGGUAUAUGCAACAAAUAACAAAGAUAAACAAAGUCUAAAACAUCUCAUUAUAUCAUAUAAAGGAGAUGUUUAAAGCAUCAAUAGAAUUUGCAUCAUUAACAACGAAUUAGAACUAACAUUACAUAGAAUAGGGGUGGGCAACGGGACGGGACGGGAUACCCGUCCCGUUUGGAGACCAAAGUCCUUCCCAUAUCCCAAACCCAUAUGGGAAACGGGUACCCAUUACCCGUACGGGACGGAUAACGGGUACCCAUACUAGCCAUAAAUACCCAAAGUUUAAACCACUAAAAUUUUAACAAAAGUUUAAACUUAAC